CACCAGCAGCAGCGCAACAAUGGCCGACACGGAGUACGAGGAGCUCCGCCAGAACCUGGACGCGUUGCCAACGUUCCGCAAGGCUCCGGCACCGUUCUACUCGUUGGUGGGCGACGUCGAUCUGGACCUGGAGGAUAGCCCAUCGUCAAAAAGCUCCGAUGGUUCCGACCACGACGACGAUGACGACUGCGGCCCGACACCGGCGAGCGAGCCGAUGGACCCAGUGCCGAAGGGGACUCCGAGCAAGACCCAGCAGAUCAUCCAGACGAUCAGCACCAUCAGCAGCAGCAGCAGUACGGGCGAGGACGACGAAAUCGGCGAUGGGUUGCGCACCACCACCACCGGAAAGUCAUCGAUCGGGGCCUGCGGUUUGAUCGAUGACUACCCAGAGCUCACUGGUGGCGGUUCGGGACCGGACAGUUUGCUCUCCGUGACGACGCACGGUCAUCCUUCGGUGAGUUCGGUGGAAGGACAACAAGAGCCCACGGUGGGCGACCAGCCAUCGGGAGGAGUUGUAAGAGUACCGGCACAUACCGCUAGUGCACCCGGAAGCAGUGCGCAACUGGCACGGACCAGUUCACUGCCGUGGAUCCCGGGACAGGUGGAGAGAAGGCGACGCAAGCUUCCGGAGAUUCCGAAAAAUCGUAAAUCUUCCGUUUUGCAGCUACUCAACGGGCAGACGUCGCUGGCGGACGAGCUGAGCGCCAGUAGCCGCAAGGUGCUCGGCAGCAAUCCCUAUGGCCAGUCGCAGCACGCCAGCGGGCACGCGGGCAGCUUCUUCAAGCAGAGUUCGCUGCUGGCCCUGAAGUGUAGCUAUCUGCUGGACGAAGACUCCAGCCCCGACUCGGAGCGGUUGGCGAGCCUGGGCGAUGUGGACAGUGGGCACAGCACGGCGCACUCACCGAACGACUACAAGAGCAUGUCACCGCCGGCCCCACAGGCCGCGUCACCCGUCACGUCACCCUUCCCGCCGCCGUACGGUGGCGUGCCGUUCAGCCAGCUGGAGAUGCUGGAGGCGACCCACCGAGCGCUCCACAAGUUCAUUCCACGCCACCACGACGAGAUCGAGAUCGAGAUCGGUGAUCCGGUGUACGUGCAGAAGGAAGCGGAAGACCUGUGGUGCGAGGGGGUGAACCUGCGCACCGGACGCCAAGGCAUCUUCCCGUCGGCGUACGCCGUCGAUCUGGACUACAACGACUUCGAUCCCACCUCGGUCGAGAUGAAGCGCGAGCGGUACUUGCUCGGGUACCUCGGCUCGGUGGAAACGAUGGCCCACAAGGGCACGGGCGUGGUCUGUCAGGCGGUGCGGAAGAUCGUCGGCACCGGGACCAGCGAGUCACCGAAGGCACAACCCUGCAUACUGGAGAUCUCCGACCAAGGGCUGCGCAUGGUCGACCGAUCAAGGAACAAGAAAACCAAGGGCCCGUGCAUAGACUACUUCUACUCGCUGAAGAACGUGUCGUUCUGUGCGUUUCACCCGCGAGACCACCGCUACAUCGGCUUCAUCACGAAGCACCCGACGGUGCAGCGAUUCGCGUGUCACGUUUUCCAGGGUACCGAGUCGACCCGACCCGUCGCGGAAGCUGUCGGGCGAGCUUUCCAGAGAUUCUACCAGAAGUUCAUUGAAACGGCAUAUCCCAUAGAAGACAUCUACAUAGACUAAGCUGUGUCCCAAAGGCUGAGCAGCGCCAAUCCCCGUCUAAGUUCUCCACUCAACACCGCACCGCACCGGCUAUCAACUUGGAGGAAGACUCCAACGUAUCGUGACGUUCAGUUAUCGCUUAUUGCCUUAUGUUUCCCUAACCAAACAUUAGACUUUCGUUCCGACCGACACCGUCGUUGGUGCUAAACUCCGACACGCACUGUCGGGUGCUUAUCAUCGGAAGCCAUUAGCUCAUUUGAGCGAAAUGCAUUUUGAUGAGUCAAGGCAAAAGCGUAGGUUAA